GGAAGGUCAUCUGCAUCAUCUCUGUCAUGUUGCGCCGGCGGUCGACGUCGUCGUUUUCGUCGACAGGAUCGAUUCCAUCGCACCAGAGCUCGAUUCAAGACGCUGAGAUUGUUCGGGAAGGAUGGUUAAGGAAGAAGGGGCACUUGUUUGCGACGGUGAAGUCGCGGUACUUUAUCCUGUAUGUGGACGGCCACCUUGUGUACUUGAAAAACGCCAAGAAGAAGAAACAGAAAGGGUCCGUCGAACUGGCGAUGUCAGACAUCAUUGCACCACACCCGACCAAGAAGAAUGACAAGUUGUUUGGGUUCGAUUUGAAGAAGGCCGCCACGACUUCCGACGCAAACUCGACCAAGGCGUAUACGUUGACCAUGUUUGCAUCGACUUCUGCGGAGCGUUCGGAAUGGAUUGAUGCAAUUCGUCGAGUUGCAACGACGCAGGUCACCCCACCGCAACGAAUGCUGUCCAUCAUGGAAGCUUCCGCCGCGACAAAUUGCAGUAGCGCUUCUGCCAUUCUUGGCACAGUUGCUUCGAACCCCCGCGAUACGUUUUGCGUCUUGAUUGAAUUGGGCGAGUUGCAGCAGCUAGUUACCUUAGCUCAGUCGACAUGGGACGCAGAUCCACUCAAGUGGAGCCAAGAUCAAUACUUGGAGCUCUGUCGCAGCAUUGUGUUUGCUCAUGAAAAAGCAAGUGGCGCCAACAUGAGUCUCCAAGAAAGCACAGUGCUGAAAGACGCACUGGCAUUGCGCUAUCAGUACGAAGAUGCCCAAGCCCAGCUACAAGCUCGCCGCGUUUCGAUUGCAGCGCCAACCCAUUCCGAGCUGGACCAAGCCCCAGUGGAGCCACCGGCGUCCCCUCGAUCGACGACGAGAACGGAUGUACCAGCAGCAACUCUUGGCACGGCACCCUUGCCCGUCAAAGUGGCACGGUAUUUUGACACGCUGAACGCUUCGUUUGUCGCAUCGUCGCCGCGGUCGAAAACGAUGGCAAAAUAUGUCCACUUGUACCAAGAAGAAGCGCUCACGGUGAAACGAGCAUGGAAUAUUCACCGAGACGAAGCGGACGACGUUUUGAACUCGACCAAGGCAUUGUCCAAAUCGCCGUGGACAGUGGACGAGUUGUCCCAACUGCUCCACGAAAGAUUUGACAGGGACCGCAUUUACACGAACGUUGGCGACAUGUUCAUUGCAAUAAAUCCAGCGCCUCGUUUGGUACACCACUCGGCGGGCAACUCGAUCUACGACGAAGCCACGGUCAUGUGGUACCGCGACCACGAUCUCGCUGUGUGCAGCCCUCAUCCGUUUGCGUUGGCAAAGCGCACCCUGUCAAGCGUCCAAGAAAACGAGCAUGACGAAUGCAUUGUCAUGAUGGGCGAGUCGGGCAGUGGCAAGACAGAUUUUGCAAAGCAAGUGCUCAAGUACAUUGCGUUGGUGCAGCACGCCGUCAAACCACCUCAUGUGCAAUUGUUCACGAGCUCGACGAAAAGCACCAUCAAAAUGCGAAGUGACGAAAGCCACUUGAUGGAUUUGCUGCGGCUCAAACGCGUCAACUACGAGACGAUUUAUUUGGACAUUACACCCGAGCGGUGGCCCGACAUGUUGGCGUCAAGCGGAGGCAUCAAGCAGUUGCCGCAACUGCACAUGGACUCGUUAUUCUUUGGGAAUUACGACGACCUCCAACGGCUCGAAGACGACGAGCAGUUUGUAUUUUACGUGAAAAACCCCAAAGCCGCUCGGUUGACGUCGGUGCUCUUGGAUGGAAAUGUUCUCCUCGAAGCCUUUGGGAACGCGAGAACGGUGCACAACCCCAACUCGUCUCGGUUUGGCAAGUCCACGUCCUUUUCGAUCGAUUCGACAACGGGCCACCUCCUCGGGGGCACGAUUCAACCCUUCUUUUUGGAAACGUCCCGUGUCACGAGCUUGAACCCCGACGAUGCCAAUUUCCACAUCUUUUACGCUCUCUUGGUCGGAGCCAGUGACGCGUUGGUCGAAGACUGCCACCUGAAGAACACCACGCCAGCGACCUUUGCCUAUUUGGGCAAGCCCACAAAACACGCGUCUGCCAAUGUACGCAAUAGCAAGGCGGAUGAAGAUCGCGUGCGGUGGAAUCGAGUUUUGCGCUGCUUGGACUUGGUUGGCGUGUCGGGCACGGACCGAUCGGCCAUCUUCCGCGUCCUCGCGGCGGUGUUGUACUUGGGAAACAUCGUGUUCGAAGACAUGUUCAACAAUUUGGGCGUCGCGACAGGAGUUUGCGUGAAAACCAGCCAAGAACUCGAUGUUGUGGCGUCUUUGCUCGCGAUGGAUGCAGCACAUAUUGCUCGCGUCCUGUGCACGAAACAACUCGCCGUGGCGAAGAAGGACGAAGUGUACGAGCUGCAAGUCCAUGUCCGCCAAGCCUGUGUUACAAGAGACAGCUUUGCGAGGCUGCUCUACGACAACUUGUUUCAUGCUUUGGUUGGUCUGCUAAACCGCAACAGCAUGGCGACCAAGAGUGACAACGUGCAUGACAUUACAUUGGUCGACGUGUUUGGGUUUGAAGACGUUGGCACGAAUUCGUUCGAGCAACUCUGCAUCAAUUACUUGACGGAAAAAUUGUCUGCGUUCGAACUCGACUUCGCUGGCGAAGUCCAAGGCGCGCUGUACUUUGCUGAAGGCGUGGAACGGUAUUGGUCGAGCGUUCUCAACACGACCGACGGGGCUAGUCUGCAAGUGAUGACCAGUCCUGUGGGUGUUUGGGCAUGUCUUGACGAAGCCACCGUGUUGCAUGGCAACGAGGAUGAUCCCAACCAAGUUAAAAACAGUCGAUUUGUUCGCGCACUGUACUCGCGCAAUGUCGAUCACCCUGCUCUGGCAAUUCGAAAAGAUCCCCUCGAAUUUGGUAUCCAUCACAAUCGUAGCACAGUUGUGUACACUUCGACGGACUUCGUCUUCAAAAACAGCCAGAAUAUGGUGCAGCCGUUGCUUCAACUCGUCGGGACGUCUAGCGAUCCGUUUGUCCAGGCGCUGUCAUUGCAGAUGCCACGUCCCGCCAACGACGCAAAGCGGCAAACCACCGCAAAUCGGUUCAAGGACCAUGUCCAAUCGAUCGUGGUCAAGUUGAACAGCGCUCGGCCUCGUUUUGUGCACUGUUUGCGACCUCGGCUCUCGAAUUCAAUGAACUGUACUUCGUUGGAUGCGGACGUAUUGAAGGCCCAGGUUCAAGGCCAACUCCUCGCUCCCAUUGUCACGUUCAUGAGCCAAGUCUUUCGCCACAGCUUGGCGUUUUCGGCAUUUCACUCGAGUUACUACAUGUUGUUCAAGGGCGGAAUUACGACCGCCGAGGGAGUGGAGGCGGCCUUGUACACGUUUGCGUCGUCCUUGUCCGAGCUGACAGGAUCUUCGUGUGAAUACGCCGUCGGGUCGUCCAUGGUGUUUUUCAAUGAGCCGUUGUAUUUGGCAUUGCAAUCGCAACGGCUGGCAGUGCGCUCCGAUGCGUGCAUUCGCAUUCAAUCGACGAUUCGAAUGUGGCUGGCGACGCGCGAGGUCGACAAAAUGCGCCAAACGACUCGGAAUUUCGUUCGAGACAUCACGCACUUCUAUGCAAAGUACAACCCGUCCAAGCUAUCGGAAGUGCCGACGAUUGUCCGGGCUUUUCGUGGACGGGAAGGCGUGUUGUUUGAAAAGCUCAAACAAAAAUACAUGAGCGAACAGCACGACGUCGUGGCGGUCGACAAAGAUACGGCGUUGGAAGAUUUCAUUCUGAAAGUCCACUUUGACGCGACCACGGUUCAAAAGAUGUUGUCGAACCCGAAAAUGGCGCUCUUGCUCGGAGAACCCAACAUUUUGCAAGCACUUCGAGAAGUGAGCAUUGACCCGUCGGUCAUAUACCUCCAGACCACCGACCCUGUCCUGCGGCUGUUUUACACGGAGCUGAAGAACUUUUUCACGCCGACAACCAACCCACAUCGGGUUCCAUACAACCAAAUGCCGCUCGAGGACGCGGUUCACAAGCUGGUGCAAUUGCAGCUUCUUCAACCCACUGCCGACAUGGCACCUGAAGAUCAAGCGGUUGUCCUAGAGAUUGCCGUCGACCCAAUGUUCCUCGCAUUCCACAUCGAUCAACCUGGUGUACGACCCAUGCUAGAGGCUCUGGUGCACAACAUUGAGCGCGACCCAGCCACUCGAAUCGCCGAAGCCGCCGCCGCUGAGAAGGACGCGUCCCGCGCAUCCCAAGCAGCGAUUGCCAGUGCUGACGUCACUGCCGACGUCAACACACUGAAAACGUCGUCGGACAUGGCCCUGCUUGUGCCAGAUCAACCAGUCGAUAUUCCGUUGGAGGCGGUGCCAGACGGGCCAGUUGCUGCCACCCAUGACGCUGGCAUUCGAGCCAUUCAAUCCCCCGAGAGAGCACCGUCGCCGAGUGCUGAGGUCAACACUGCUCUUCCUCUGGACAACUUGUCAACGUUUGCAGCGGGCGCCAUACCACGGGUCGAAGGACCUGGUGUCGCUGCAGCACACAUCGACAGGGAGCGAUUCCAAGACAUGGAGCUAGAAAGAGCGGUGGAGAAGCUCAUCGAAGCUCACCUAUUCUGUCCGACCAUCGACAUGACGCCCGACGAACAAGCUAUUGUUCUCGAGAUUGCAGCGGAUCCGCCGUUGCUGGCAUUCCACAUCGACGAACCCAACGUACAAGAGCUCGUGCGUCGUUUGUGUCGGAUGGUGGACGCAAUAAUGGACAAAACAACGUUGCCGAUAUCGCGUACAGGAGUUCAAGGCGGAGGCGCCCCUGCGGAAGAUGCGCCGUCCGAAGUGGCGUUCAAGCGCGUCAAGAUCACAAACAAGCUGCUAAAGAAAAUCAUGCAUGACGACGGGCUUUUGGCGAUGAUGGGCGAGCCGCAAGUGGUCGAGUUCUUCGAAGAGUUGUCCGAAACCAAGUCGACAACGCCAACGAUAUCGUUUCCAGCGCACGAGACGAAACUCAUCGAGUUUUACUCGGCCGUGUUGAAAUUGAGUCAGUCGUGACGAGCGCCAGAUUCUCGCGGAAGAAGGUCCACCCGCUCGUAAUUCGAAUCACAAAAUGCCCAGUCGCGUUGUAGUUGUCCA